UUACUGCGUGAACCGCCACGCCAGAAGCAGCCCUGCAAAGACUUCACUUUUGGUACUAUUGAGACCGUCUCUUGACAUGUGGAACCCUAACCCAGGAGUGCCAGGUGGAAUGCCACCUCAGCAGCCUUAUCCAACUGCUCCUGGACCACAUCCUGUGCCAUAUCCCGGGCAAGGCAUGCAGCCAUGCCCAGCUCCGGGGUACCCUCCCCAGCCCGUUCCACCCUGUGGGCCACACGGACCACAUCACCACGGACACCACGGACACCACGGACACCCCCCACCCUCUGCCCCACCUGGAAUGUUUCCUGGAGGGCCUGGAGGCUGCCCAGCACCGCCACCCCCUGGUUGCCAUCCUCCAGGAAAACAUCAUGGGCACCACAAGAAGCACAAGCAUCAUGAGCACGGCGGGCAUCAUGGGCAUCAUGGGCAUCAUCAUCAUGGUAAGAAGCACUCAGGUAGUUCCAGCAGCAGCAGCAGCAGCUCCGACUCGGACUGAAGGCGGCUUUUCCUGCUCAGCCGAUCAACAUGACAGGCUGCCACGCAGGGCGCUCUUGAAAUUCCCCCCAUCUUUACGUUUUCCACUUCUUCAUCUGCACUAUGAACGGCACAACCUUCGUUUUCAAUGUGUUGCUGCCCUAGUAAGCACGGCAUGCCAAGUUUGCGGCCCGUUUUCUUACCUCCCUCCCUUACCUAGUUUAGCUCAGCCAAAGAAGAUAGUCUUGGAUAUGUGCGUUAGAAACUCUAGAAAUUCACAGCAAUAAAUGGAUUUGCACCAACAA